CGGCGCUAUGACAGUGAGCCCCGGGUUGAAGGGAGUGGUGAUGUGAUAGUGGAUUGGAUGUUGUAAUGUUGAAGCCGCCUAACAACUCUCAUUCACCGGUUUACUUGGCUGACAUGCGAAACCAAAACCACAACAAUGGUCUGGUUUUUUUAAAGAUAGACGUGCUCUUGAAUUUAAAGAGUUCACUGCCUGGAAACUCUUGGAAAUGAAACUGUUUAUUUGUGAUUUGCGUAGAUUGUUGACAGAAUUGUUUUGGAACCAAAUGGAUACACCGCCCAGGACGGUUUGAAUUUUGAAGAGUUUUUAAAACUCUUCUAAUGUGAUCUGCUUGAGGUUUGUCAUCAUGGAUGAUGGAAGCGCGGAGACUGAAGCGCUCAUCGGAAAUUCGAGUGAAGAUGUUCGGUCUCACCUGGACGGAAGAAACGCUGCUGCUGAGUUCAAAGUUUACAAAAGAAGAUGGUUCAUCUUGUUUGUUCUCUGCCUGCUAAACUGUUCUAACGCAAUGUCAUGGCUGACCUUUGCACCUGUGGCUGACCAGACAGCACAGUAUCUGCAAGUCUCUCUAAAUCUGGUCAACUGGCUGUCGUUGGUCUAUGUACUGGUUGCUAUUUUCUUCAGUUUGAUCACAACAUGGGUGCUGGACACACUGGGACUGCGCUUCUCGCUAAUCAUGGGCUCAUGGCUCAAUAUGUUGGGCAGUGUCCUGCGUUACAUUGGCGUGCUGAAAUGCAUCCCAGAGUGGGCCGUGUUCCCUAUGGUCAUGGGAGGCCAGACACUGUGUGCCUUCGCCCAGCCUUUGGUCAUCUUUGCCCCCACCAAGCUGGCAGCUCUGUGGUUCCCUGAUCACCAGAGGGCCACAGCUAACACGAUGGCUUCCAUGGCAAAUACUGUUGGACUGCUCUUAGCGAAUAUCUUCUCUCCCAUGAUAAUUAGUUACACCAAUAAUCUUGUUAUGCUGCUCUUUAUAUAUGCUAUACCUGCCACCAUAGCCUGUUUCCUAGCAACAGUGGGGAUCCGUGAACGCGUUCCCCCGACACCCCCCUCUGCCAGCGUGGUGACCUCCAGCUCUGAACCUUUUCUACAGGGAGUGAAACUGCUACUGACGAACAAAGCAUAUAUGGUCCUGCUGGUGUGCUUUGGUUCGGGAAUAGGAAUAUUCACUUGUUUUUCCACGUUGCUGGAGCAGAUACUUUGUGUUAAGGGCUACUCAAAUGACUUUGCAGGACUCUGCGGUGCAGUUUCCAUUGUUUUCGGUGUUCUGGGUGCCUUUCUCCUGGGCCUGUACGUGGACAAGACCAAGAAUUUUACAGAAGUCACUAAAAUAAACAUGUGUCUGACAUCUCUGGGCUGCUCUGUUUUUGCUGUGGUUUCCCAGUUAAGUGACCAGAAGAUCAUCAUUGGUGCAGUAUGUGCCUGGUUUGGUUUGUUCGGGUACUCUGUAUAUCCCAUCGCCAUGGAGCUCGGAGUUGAAUGCUCGUACCCUGUGGGCGAAGCAACAUCCUCUGGAUUGAUCUUCAUAUCUGGGCAAAUUCAGGCCGCCCUGUAUAUGCUGCUGCUUCAAGCUCUGGCCAAACCAAUGGCAGAUUCUCCAUUAUCUGUAUGUGCAGCUGGAGCGGAUGACAAUUUGAGCUGGACAGUGCCAGUGCUGGUGAUGGCAGGCCUGUGUGCUCUGGGCACCUGCUGCUUUGUUGGCUUUUUCCACACGGAUUACCGGAGACUCCGUGCGGAAGCCACAGCCUCACCAAAGACAGUGACAGACCAGUCAACAGGAGGAGACACCUGGGCAAACAGCACAGAUGCAUAAAGAGACGGGCUGAUCGAACAGGGAGAGAAAGCUCUGAUGACAGUGGUUACGCACACUUUAAAAAGACUUUUACCUCAUUAACACUGAAAAGAUGUGCCUUAAAUGCUAGUAUGUUUUACUUAAAAGUGGUACUAUCUCAACCUCCAUUAAUGUUACAUAAAACCUCAUUACGCACAAAAGCAUUUCUGUUUCUGUUAAAGAGACAGAAUAGAUUAAGGUACAAACUUUUAACCAAAACCAAAUGUUUUUAUUGCAAAAUAAGGGCACAUUUCUAACUGUUAUUAAACACAUUAUUAUUACUUUUUUUUUUACAAUAUUUUAUGAGUCAAGUAGGAAGUUUAUAGUAAACAACUAAGGCUAUUAGUUAUUUUAUGAAAUUAGAGAUAUAUUUGAGUGCAAUAAAAUGUCUAUAAGACUUACUUUCUACCUUAAAGAGAGAGUUCACCCAGAAAUGAAAAUU